GGACGGUGGCCGGGAGGCGUGCGGCGCUGUCAACCUGCCUAUCUGGGCGGUGCUCGCCUUUGGAUGUCUGUCUUGCCCCAGAGGACAUUCGUCGGGCGUCUGCUGUGUGCGCUGGACGGUGUGGGGACCCAGCGACCAGGAGGGACGGCGAAAUUCAAGGCUGAUACCCCAAGAUGGCGCCCCCAUCAGAAGGUGGCGCUGACGCCUUGCUGCCAGAUCUCCCCAAGGGGCCCCUGCAGGCCUACCGCUCCCGCGCCUCCUUCUGCUGGAAGGAGCUGGCGCUGUUCCUGGAAGGCGAGGACGUGCUGCGUCUGAAGAAGACCAUCUUCUCGACUUUGGAGAAUGACCCGCUCUUUGCUCAUUUGGGGGAAGAGCUGUGCCUGGAGAAGUGCCGGGAGCUGAACUUCCUCCGUUGCCAGCGCCUCUUGGAGCUUAGCUUCCUCUCCAUGGAAGACAUGGUGGCGAGCCCCCUGUUGGUCCAGACGCUCAUCGCCAGUCUGGGCAUGUAUGACUGGUCCCUGGGCAUCAAGUUCUUGCUGCACAUGCUGACUUUUGGAUCAGCGAUUUACAGCUCUGGUUCUGAAAGACAUUUAAAAUACCUUCCAAAGAUCUUCAACAUGGAGAUUUUCGGCUGCUUUGCGGUGACCGAGCUCAGUCAUGGCAGUAAUGCCAAGGCCGUCCGAACAACAGCUCACUAUGACCCCACAACUGAGGAAUUCAUCAUACAUACCCCUGACUUUGAAGCUGCCAAAUUCUGGGUUGGCAACAUGGGCAAGACGGCGACACACGCCGUGGUGUUCGCUCAGCUGUACACGCCAGGGGGCCAGUGCCACGGCCUGCAUUCCUUCGUGGUGCAGAUUCGGGACCCCAAGACUCUUCUUCCCAUGCCGGGGGUGAUGGUUGGCGACAUGGGGAAGAAGCUGGGGCUGAACGGUGUGGACAAUGGAUUUGCCAUGUUCCACAAAGUUCGAAUUCCUCGCCAAGACCUCCUGAACCGGACUGGAGACGUCACCCCUGAGGGUACCUAUGUCACGCCCUUUAAGGACGACAAACAGCGUUUCGGGGCGUCCCUGGGCACCUUGUCCUUCGGCCGGGUCACCAUCGUGGGCAUGUCCAUUGUGAACUUAAAGUUGGCUGUCUCCAUCGCGCUCCGUUUCUCAGCCACCCGCUGUCAGUUUGGGCCCACAGAUGGGGAGGAAGUCCCGGUGCUCGAGUAUCAGAUGCAGCAGUGGCGCUUGCUUCCCUAUCUGGCCGCCAUCUACGCCUUGGACCACUUCUCGAAAUUGCUCUUCCUGGACCUGGCAGAACUGCAGCAAGGCCUCGCGGGGACUGACCACAGUGCCAGGCAGGCCGAGCUCGGACGUGAGAUCCACGCCUUGGCGUCGGCGGGCAAGCCACUGGCCUCAUGGACCGCCCAGCGGGGAAUUCAGGAAUGCCGGGAGGCAUGUGGAGGACAUGGCUAUCUGGCUGUGAACCGGCUGGGUGACCUCCGGAAUGACAAUGACCCUAACUGCACGUACGAAGGGGACAACAACGUCCUGCUACAGCAGACCAGCAGCUACCUGCUCAGCCUGCUGGCUCGCCACAUCCAAGGUGGUGCUCGCAUCGAGAGCCCUCUGAGGACAGUGGACUUUCUGGAAGCCUACCGCGAUAUCCUUGGUCGGAGGUUCACAUGCCCGAGCGUCGACAGCUGCUUGGACUCUGCAGUCCCCCUGGCGGCGUACGAGUGGUUGGUUUGUUACCUGCUCCGUGAGAGUCAUCAGAAAUUAAUGCAGGAGAAAAGAUCAGGAAGCAAUGACUUUGAAGCAAGAAACAACAGUCAGGUGUACUACUGCCGUCCCCUGGCCCUCGCAUUCCUGGAGCUCACUGUGGUGCGGCGGUUCCACGAGUACACACACCAGCCCCACGUGCCGCCUGGGCUGCGGGCCGUGCUGGGCCGCCUCAGUGCCCUCUACGCCCUGUGGUCCCUGAGCCAGCACACAGCCCUGCUCUACCAAGGUGGCUAUUUCUCUGGUGAGCGAGCUGGUAAAAUGAUCCAGAAUGCCAUCCUGGAACUGUGCUCAAAGCUGAAAGACGAUGCUGUUGCCCUGGUGGACGUGAUCGCCCCUCCCGACUUUGUCCUAGACUCACCGAUUGGCAGAGCCGACGGCGAGCUCUAUAAAAACCUCUGGACUGCUGUCCUUCUGGAAAGCAAAGUGCUGGAGAGGCCAUCGUGGUGGGCGGAGUUUUCCAUCAGGAAGCCCAGCAUGGGAAAUUUGAAACCAAAGCUAUAGUCACAUCACACACUCAGCUGAAUCUAAGUGAGCUGAUCCUGCUGGCAAAGACGGUGACCUCAAAUCCUAGUUCCAUAUGAUGCUGGAAACACCGCUGCUUUCUGAACAUACCCGUACUCGUCCUGCACUGGCCUCUCCCCCCACCGCCCGGGGACGGCUCCCCAACACGGUGCCGGGAGGACGCCUCUGCCAGAUUUGCUGUGUGCAGAGAAAAUCCAUGUGAUCACCUCUCUUCCUGAUGGUCUGUUUUUUUGGUAAUGAGGACAUCGCACAUGCUGUGUUCACAUGCCCGAGAGGAGGCCGCGUGCUCAUAAUCAGGGCAUUUCUGGGCCAAUGGUCUUCCGCCUCCUGAGACUUCUUACAAAGCUCUGCUUCACUAAGUGCUUAAUAAUGCCAAUCUGAUUCUUUGUUAACUGGUUUGACUUUAUCAUGGAAUUAAAUCCUAUUUUAAGCUUA